AAAGUGAAUAUAGGCUUACAGUAUAUGCACAAGUUCUCUGAGCGAAUGUGAAAAUGGCAGUGCAAUACUGAAAUAUUAACCCCAGGGAAGAUGAAGGAUUACUGUAAAGUAUUGUGUGUUACAAUGCAAAACAGGACGUAUGGAAUAGCAAAAUAUCUGUGAUCAACCAAGCAUCCACAGCUGUACAGUGCAGUAAUAUUAUCAGUAACCUCAGUGAAGUAGCAGAAUGCACUUCAGUGCAAAAUGUAGCAUAUGAACAAUGACCUUAUUCUAGGAAUGGGCUCUAACACAUUGUAAUGUCCAGUGAAGAAUUGUUGUCCAGGGUGAUUGCUGAUGGUAAAAACAAACUUUUGUACUAUUACUUGCUAUAGUGAAGCUAAAUGAAUCUUUUACUGAAGGUGCCCUGCUGUUUGACCAAUAGGGCGUGGCGAGGAUGUGAUACAUUGUCCAGGAUAGGUAAUAGUUUGGUUAGUGUCCUCCUUUCCACAACCACCUCAAAAUUGUCCAGGGAGCAUCACUGGACAGAGCCAGCCUUCAGUAUACUGAGCUUCCUUGCUUCCCUGGCUCUAAUGCAGACGCCCAGCAUAUUGCCUCAAAGAAAAAAGCACAUGCAACAACAGACUGGUAAAAGAUCUCCAACAUCUUGCUGCAAGUAUUAAAGGACCGGAGCUUCUUUAUAAAAAACAGUAUACUAAUCCCCUUACUGUACACAUCAUCAGUGUUACCCUUUCAGUCCAGCCUGUUGUCACGGUGAAGACCAAGGUACUUGUAGGUGUCAACCAGCUCAACAUAGUAAAAGUUUUUUAUGUUCUUAAAGAGAUUUUACUUGGAAACCUUUCUAUCAGGGUAACAAUGGGUUGUUUGCCAUAGCACAUUUAUGGGUUUUGGCAGAGGAACAAACCAAAGAAUAUUACUAAUUUGAACUUUCCUAAACAUGUAGGCAGCUUAAUGGUGUUUAGAAACCUCUAUGCAUAAUGUGUUUAAGCAUUUUCAAAAUGGAAAAUACUGUUUUUGUUUGGAUACAUUUUUAUACAUUGUUCAGAAGGAUUUUCUGGUGCUUUUAUUAUACCUUUAUAUCUGGGGUAUUUUGUUUGGAAAUACAUUUUUCUCUUUUUUCACAAACACUACCAGCCAAUGACAUAAUUGUCAUGAAUUCACAAUUUUAAUUAUCUAUCUACCUAUCUAUCUAUCUAUCUAUCUAUGGAUAUCUGGCUUUUAUUAUCAAGUGUAAUAUUUCUUUCGUACCCUGAGUGACGCUGUUGGUUAGGAUGUGCAGUUUUUAAAUGCUUGCAUUUAGAUCCUCCCCUGUAUUCUGAUUUCGUGCAGAGGGGAAAUGCUCUUCAGUUGGUUCUGUCUUUCGACACAACAACGAUUAAUGAAGUAUUGCCUUUCAGUAAUACUGGGUCUUUAAGACGCAUUUAAUUUUUGUGCCUCGUGUGUAGCUUACAGUGUUUAUAAGAUGGGUUUUCUUUGUUCCCUCGAUGCCUGGAUAAGAGGCUCUGCUGUCCGCGUUUCGACAUGGCUGACAAUGCUUCUGGUUGGAUUUGCUUUUGUCAUGGCCGUUGCGCACGGACAGGUCCGUUAUUCUAUUCCCGAGGAGAUGAACAAGGGAUCAGUGGUGGGAAAUAUCGUUCAGGAUCUCGGUUUGGAUGUAAAGAGACUGAAAUCUGGUCGAGCGCGGAUCUUUACGGAGGACAGUCGUGAGUACAUCGGUCUGAAUGUGGAUAAAGGCACUCUGCUAGUGAGAGAGAGGAUAGAUAGAGAGGAGCUGUGCGCUCAAGUGUCUCCAUGCUCUUUACAUUUUCAGAUCAUUCUAGAUAAUCCAGUGGAGCUGCAUCGAAUUGAUGUGGAAAUAGCGGAUAUCAAUGAUCAUGCCCCUGCUUUUGAUAGAAAAGAAAUAAAUAUUGAAAUCCCGGAAUCUGCUUCUCUCGAGUCACUCUUUUCUUUAGACAGUGCGCAUGAUCCUGAUGUUGGACUGAAUACACUGCAGAGAUACACCCUUAAUCCCACUGAUCAUUUCACUUUAAAAGAAUUAUCUCGUGGCGAUGGCAGCAAAUAUGUUGAGAUGGUGUUAAAAACAGCUUUAGACAGAGAGCUUCAGGAAGAGCAUCAUUUAAUUUUGACAGCAUUUGAUGGUGGCACUCCUCAGAAAUCUGGAACAGUUAAGAUAACCGUCACUGUACUUGAUGUAAACGACAAUUCUCCUGUGUUCAGUCAGCCAACAUACCGAGUGUCUUUGUCAGAAAAUAUUCUGAAGGAUAGUUUAGUAGUGACAGUCAGUGCUACUGACAAGGACAAAGGUUCCAAUGGCGAGGUCACCUAUUCAUUUUCACAAAGCACCGGGAAAGAUGCCAUGGAUUUGUUUACCAUUAAUUCGGGCACUGGGGAAAUAAAGGUUAAAUCGUCCCUAGAUUUUGAAAAGUCUAAGCACCAUGAACUGGAUAUAAAGGCGAUGGACAAGAGCGGGCUAACAGGUACUGGUAAAGUGCUUGUUGAAAUCACAGAUGUUAAUGAUAAUUCCCCUGUAAUCAGUGUUAUCUCAUUUUCCAGCCCGAUUCCUGAAGAUUCCGCCACUGACUCUGUUGUAGCGAUGUUUAAUAUUAAAGACAUAGACUCUGGAAAAAACGGUCAGAUUAAAUGCACAGUGAAUUCAGAUCUGCCGUUUCGCAUCAAAGCCACAUCCAAUAAUUUCUACACUUUAGUCACCGACCGGAUUUUAGAUCGUGAAAAGUUUUCUGAAUACAAUAUAACGAUCACAGCUACAGAUGAAGGAUCUCCGUCUUUAUCUGCUAGUAAAACCCUGAGGCUUAAAAUAUCUGAUGUGAACGACAACGCCCCUGUUUUCCAGCGUCACUCAUACACCGCUUAUGUGAUGGAAAAUAAUUCACCUGGAGUGUCUAUAUUUGCAGUGACAGCAACUGACAGAGACUCUGGCAAUAAUGCCCGUAUUUCUUAUUUUUUAGAAGAUCUUUCUGUGAACGGACUUUCUGCUUCGUCUUAUAUUUCAGUUAACGCAGAGAGCGGAGAGAUUGUUGCUAUUCGAUCUUUUGACUUCGAGCAAAGCAAAGAGUUCAAUAUUCGCGUAAAAGCGCAGGAUGGAGGCAACCCGCCUCUCAGUAGCAACGUGAGUGUGAAAAUCAGUAUUCAGGACCAGAAUGACAACGCGCCUCAGAUCCUGUAUCCAGUACAAACUGGUGGCUCUGUGGUGGCUGAAAUGGUGCCUCGUUCAGCAGAAGUGGGCUAUCUUGUGACUAAAGUGGUGGCUGUGGAUGUGGACUCUGGCCAGAAUGCCUGGCUCUCAUAUAAACUGCACAAAGCGACAGACAGGGCGCUGUUUGAAGUGGGCUUACAGAAUGGAGAAAUAAGAACUGUGCGCCAAGUCACUGAUAAAGAUGCUGUGAAACAGAAGCUCACUGUUGUAGUGGAGGACAACGGACAGCCCUCUCGUUCAGCUACAGUCAAUGUUAACGUGGCGGUGGCGGACACUUUCCCUGAAGUGCUCUCCGAGUUCACUGACUUUACGCACGACAAGGAAUACAACGACAACCUGACAUUUUAUCUCGUCCUGGCAUUGGCUGUAGUUUCUUUUCUCUUUAUCGUGUCCAUCAUAGCUAUACUGUCAGUCAAAUGCUACAGAUGGAGACGUGAGAGACUGUUUUACAAAUCCGGUGCCAAUCUGCCAGUGAUUCCGUAUUAUCCACCCCUUUACGCAGACGUAGGAGGAACAGGAACUUUACAGCAUAUGUACAAUUAUGAAGCUUACAGAACGACUGACUCUAGAAAGAGUGAUCUGAAAUACGCCAGACCUCCUACUGAGAGCAUCAUUAGUCUGGACACCAGUGGAGCACAAACACUUGCGCACGCGCAAAGGGAGAAAGUUGGUGAUCACUAUGAUCAGGUGAGAGCUACUGCUGAAACAGAUGUACACGUGACAUAUUUCUCACUGUUUACGUGUUUUCCUGUUUCAUCUUUCAGUAGUUCAAUCUCAUUCAUGUUACUAUUCAAAAAAUGACCUGAAUUUUUUUUUUUAUUUUUUAUUUUUUUUUUUUU